GAGAGCAGAGAGCUGGAGGGAGCGCCAGGUCCUCCUGCUACAGACCUCCUCUCUGAACACCUCCUCGUCUCUGACACCAGCUGGACUUUCUCUCUGCUGUCAGCAUGUGAGGACGUGGAGCUAUCUUCAUUUGGAGCAGCUCCUCCUCCACCAUGAGCGUCUUCUCCAGUUCGAUGGCUGGUCUGGGGUCGGAGGUGUGUGGCGACACCGCCUCCCUGGUCUCUUUGGAGUCAAGCGUUUUCCUCAGCGAGCGGACGGCGUCCUGCGUCAGCGACACACUCAACUUCUUCAUCAUCAACGUUGGCGGGAGUCGCUACAUGCUGUCGCAGGAUCUGCUGGCGUCCUACCCGGAGACCCGGCUGGGGAAACUGGCCUGCUGCAGCCGAGACUCGGCGCUGGAGCUCUGCGACGAUGCCGACUUCCUGGAGAACGAAUUCUUCUUUGACAGGAACUCCCAGGCUUUCCAGUAG